GGCCGAUCAUUGUAAGCACAAACCGUGUGCACCGGAGGAUGUUGGAUGUUGUCCUUGUUUGUUUGAGAUAGCAAUGAACGUGGAAUAAAAACUCACUUUGAUUUCGGGGUAACUGAUUGUUUCCUUAUCACACGAUUUCACUUUGAAAGACAGUCUAUCAUGCCUCUUCUUAAAUACUCUCCCAAAAUCUGGGAAGCUCUGAAAUUGAAGCAAGGCAUCUAUGCUCGUCUCCCUAAACAUUACCUCAAGUCCCUUGAGAAGAAAGAGCCCACACCUGUCCACUGGAGAGCCCUGGGAGUCCAGUACCGAGCCAACCCAAAGACUGGGCAGAAGGAACGUGUGCAGGAUGUCCCGGUCCCGAUCUACUACCCUCCAGAGUCCCAGGAUGGCCUGUGGGGUGGAGAGGGCUGGAUAAAAGGCUACAGAUACGCCAACGAUGACAAAAUGUGUACUCGUCUAAGGAAGACCUGGAAACCACAGCUGUUUAAAAGAGAGCUCUACAGUGAAAUCCUCGAUCACAAGUUCACCAUAACUGUCACAGCACGUACUCUGGACCUCAUUGAUGCUGCCUAUGGCUUUGACUUUUACAUUCUCAAAACACCAAAGGAAGACCUAAACUCCAAGCUGGGAACGGACCUGAAGAGGGCCAUGUUGCUGCGCCUGGCACGCAAAAACACAGAUCUUUACCCCAACAACCCUGUCAAGAGAGAGAAGGUCUACAACAAGUACAAGCAGUUUGAGAUCCCAGAGGAGGAGGCAGAGUGGUUCGGUCUGAGUCUGGAGGAGGCCGUGGAGAAACAGAGGCAGCUGGAGCACAAGGAGCCUGAGCCUCUGUUUAAGGUCUGCGUGGAGGAGCUGGUGGAGGAGUUGCGUGUCCAAAGACUCUCUGAGCCGCACAUCAUAGAGAAGAAAUGAUGACCACAAUCGUCUGAGCAGGACAGAUGCAACUUUUCAGACUGAAAAAUUAAGUAGGAUGAACUGUCAAGCUUCUCCAGAUGGUGGUGGGAUUUGGUGUCACCAAGUCUCUUCUGAAGCAUUUCCAGUACUGAGUGCACACCCGGGAGAACUUCUCCAGUAUCAUCUUGCCUUUCCAUCUGAGAGCGACACAAGGAUGAGGUCACAUUGUAUUAAUGCUUAUUUAUUUCAGUUCCCUUUUGCAUUCAAGACCCAUGCCUGAGACAAUUAGGAAUUAAGGGAGAAACCUCCAUGAGCAUAAAUCUUUCUGGACCAGUGGAGAUAAGAUACCUAAAAAAAUAAAAUUUAAAAAAUCCCUGUUUUCUUAAACCUUGUUUCUGCUCAUCUG